UCAUAGAUUAUUUCAGGUAGAAAGUAAAGACCUGCUAACCUGCACAGUUAUCAAUGCUGCUGAUUCUUUCUGCCGGUCAGCUGGUGUUAUACGUGUGAUGAUUGAUGGCAGGAUUAAGGCCGAUGGAGGGCUAAUCCAUACGGCUGGACCACACAAGCCUGCGCUAAUGAAUCCAAAACUUUAUCAUGUGAGGCAAAAGAAAAACGCCCAAAAUGCUAAAUCACAUAUUUAUGCCACGCUUGUUUUCUCCCCAUUUCGCAGGACUGAGAACCACAAAGACCACCAUGACAGAAAACAUCUCCGCCCCGUCUGCCACAGCCGCGCUCCAGACAAACGGCUCUUGUUUCCUCGUAAAGACCGGCGAGGCGAACGUCACCGCGACCCAACAGACCUGCGUGGAUUACGGCGCACUGCAGAGCCCGCUGGCGGUGCUCUACGCGAUAAUCUUCGUCCUGGGUCUGGUUGGGAACCUGGCGGCUCUGUUGGUCUUCUUCUGCGUCCACGCCAAGAAGAACUCGGUGCGCGUGUUCCUCAUAAACAUCGCGUUCGCCGACCUGCUGCUGGUGGUGUGUCUGCCGUUCAGGAUCCUCUACCACAGCCAAGGCAACGUGUGGACCCUGGGCCCCACCUUGUGCAAAGUGGUGGGCAACCUGUUCUACAUGAACAUGUACAUCAGCGUCACGCUGCUGGGGUUGAUCAGCGUGGACCGCUACCUGAAGAUCCACCGAGGCGCUAGGGUGCAGCGCCGGCUGCGCUCCACCAGGUGGAGCGCGGGCCUCUGUGCGGUGGUCUGGAUCGUGGCCUUCGCUUUGACUUUUGUGUUCCUGAUGUCAAAGAAUCACUCACAGUUGGACAGGUGUUUCCACUACAAGGUGCUCCAGAAGGCCAAGUGGAAAGCCUACGUCAACAUGUGCAUUGUGGCCGUCUUCUGGCUCGUCUUCAUCGCCCUGGUGGUGUCUUACGGGAAGAUCGCGCUCACGCUUCUGAGAGCGUCGCAGGAGAAACCGGACCUGCCCAACGCCUCCCGCUACGCCCGAACCGCCAGGAAGUCCUUCGUCAUCCUCGUCCUCUUCACCGUCUGUUUCGUGCCCUACCACCUGGUCAGGGUGUUCUACAUACGGACCCAGAUCGCAGACACGUCGUGUUUCUGGCGCGGCGUUGCCGACAAAGCCAACGAGGUGGCUCUGCUGUUUUCGGCCCUCAACAGCUGCCUGGACCCCGUCAUGUACUUCCUGUUGUCCUCGUCGGUGAGGAAGGAGGCGCUGCGCCUGGUGGGCGGCGUGUUUCGUGUGCGCGAUGUCGGCGGGGUCAGCGGGAGCAGCUCCAGUGUCGAGCUGGACGGCAAGAGCGGCCGGGCGAGCAGAGGGCCGGCCGGCGCGAGCCUCAGCGGCCGUUUGAGGGAGAAGACGACGACCGAAUCCAGCCAAGCCGGCAUGUGAAGGCGCCCGGAGACGGCGAGUCUCCUCCGUCUCCAAAGUAAACACGACGGCAACCACACUGCUGAGGAGAGCGAGGUUCACUGGCUCCCCUCAACAUGUGCAUCCAUUUGCUGCCGUCGCCCGUUAUUCAUUAAUAAUGGCUGAAAUGCAGGAACUCAUUUUACCGGAGAAUCGUGAAUUAUACAUCUCUUCAUCUCCAGUGAACAUACAGUAGAAUUUAAGUUUUAGGAGCUAAACAUCAGAGAUAUUUAGUAUUCGCUCAGACAGGGUCAUUAAACUGAUGGAGUUGCUGAAACUUGCCAUGUGAAUAGUGGCUUUUUAUUUGAAGAAACAACCUCCUAUCCAGCUACGGUGGAUAACGGCAGUCUGCCAUGUGUGUGUGUGUGUGUGUCAGUGUGAUUGGAUGAAGGCAGCGAUGCAGCUUGUACUGUGACCGUGUUUUCACAGUUGUAUCUUGCUGUAGGUCUUCACGAUGUUCACCAGCUUAGUUUAGCUCGUUAGCCGAGUCAGGAGACCACCGACACCAUUCUCCUGGUACCACGCUUAUCGGAAUCAAAGGUGAUCAAUGAUUUCCUGCCUGGACUACAAGUGGAGGAUGGAGCAGCAUGUCUAUCCACAGAAGAAGUCAAACAGAGAACAGCUGCUGACGGCCGGAACCAGAGAAUGUUUAUCAUGUUGAAUUAAAUCAA